AUGGGUCGAGUUAUGCGAGUUGUGGUUGCAGGCACGAAAAAAGUUGGAAAAACAGCUUGUUUACAGCAAAUAGCCUGUCUUAACGAUAUUACAAAACAGCCGUAUGUGCCGACAAUCGAUGAUACAUAUCAAAUUCAAAUGGAUUAUGGUGAACAUUCAAAAGAAAUCGUUGUUUUUCAUGAUACAGCUGGGAUUAGUGAUUGUGGAGCGGCCGAAUUGAAAAAGCCUUAUAUUCAAGUAGCCGAUGCAUUCGUUCUUGUUUAUUCUGUCACUAAUCACGAAACGUUCAAUCGAAUGGAUUUAUUAAAAAAAUUCAUUGAAAAGCAAUUUGGUAAAGAUAAAAAGGAGGUUCCAAUCGUUGUGCUAGGUACGAUGAUUGAUUUACCAAAUCGAAAAGUAAAUAGCGAUUUCGCGCAGAGUUGGGCAACAAGAGAAAAAGUGAAAUUGUAUGAAGUAACCGCAGGCGAUCGAAGCACUCUCAUUGAUUUCGUAACAUACUUAGGAAGUCGCUAUUUUCAUUCACAAAGAGAACUGAAAUUUUCAUUGUCGAAAAAAUUUAAGCCAGAAAAAUCGAAUUCUGCAAUUGUAAUGGAUCUUUAA